UUGCGUGUCUUUGACCCUGUCUCUCUUUCACAACUGCCUCGUCACCGCUUUUCCUCACUUUGGAUUGACGGCGUCACUAUUCCAUGUCUACUUAUCAGAGCAUGAUCACGAUUGCAUCCUCCUAAACUCACAACGUCUUACGCGACAUGACUAACCCAGCAUCUCCCUAUCUACUCGAUCGUCUACAGGCGCGACGCGCAAAUCCAGCAACCAGGUCGCGCCGCUCAGACUCAACUUCGAGACUUAGCAACUUGGAUGAUGAUUUGUUUAUCGACGAGGCCAGAUCCUCAGCCAACGACAACCUAACGACAACACCUAACAACGCUCAUGCCCCCGUCAAUGCCACUGCAUCUCUCGGCGCCCGCGAAAUGGAGAAACGCAUGGACAAACUCUCCAAGCUCAACUUUGACCUGAAACUUGAGCUGUUCCACUGUCGCGAGCGCAUGGCGAAAUUGCAAGACAACUGCAAACUACUGGCAUCUCGCGCAGAGGACGCCAACAGGCUCGUCGAAGAGAACGCUACACUUCUCGAUCUCAACGACAGCCUAGUUAAGGAAUUGGAGCACCGCGACGAAGCCGUUCAAGAAGCUGUCUCCAUCAUUUGUGACCUAGAAGAGAGGCUUGAGCGAAGCCAACAAUCGCAACAGGCCCGUAGCGAUCUAACAGAAGCGCCGGCGCCUACGUAUGCCGCUUCAUCAUCACCCUACCCACAGGCUAUCCUUCCACCGCCGAAGGCCGACAAGUCAGCAAUCGCCCGACCGAGCUCAGCUAGUCCACAAAAGCGUAUACCAUCCUUUGUGGGUGACGAAAAACCAAACACACGGGCUCUGAGAAGCGUCUAUCUGGAACCAACGCCAAUGUUGCAUGCUGUCAAGAGCUUCGCAUCAUUGAUGCCGCAAAGAGAAGAUGUCGACAAAUCGGUCUCUGAUGUUGACACUCUGGAUUCACCACGUCUCAGUGUCUUGAGUGAAAGUAGUUUCCCGAGCAUCUACGAUCUGCCCAGGGGCCAAGACAAUGUCAAGUAUGGUUCGGAUAAUAUCACCAUUUCUGACAGUCAACUGGAGAAUAUCUCGCGAAACGCCGGAAGCAAGCGCGACUCGGGCAGCGACAUCAAUUCUUGGAUGCAGGUGCAAACACCCCAAUCUUCCGUCCAAUCUUCGGAAAGAGGUGUACAACAACCGAUACAGUUUACUGCGCCCUCUCAAUUCAUGCCAAAAAGGACGCCGUCGCUCAAGGCCUCGACGUUCGGGGCCUUGCUACCACCAACACCGGAUAGCGCAAGCACCAGCCUCUUGCAAGAUUCAUACAUGACCGGUCAGUCUACGCAUAGAACGACCGCAAAUCUCCCGAACGCAGAGAAGCACGCAGCGCUACUACACACCCCCGAACCUCCGAGUGUCGUUGAUAUGAGCAAGGAGGAAGCUAGGCCGGACGCAAAGCACGUAUUGACUGGUGCUGGAUGGUUCAACAGGCAUAGUGUAUCUCUCUCUUCAACUGAUGAGGAAGAUGGCGACUACGAGCAAUCGCACGGCCUCCGGACCGGUAGUGCUGGUUCAGAUGGAUCGUAUCCUAAUGGCGGCUCCAUCUUGAAAGGCACACCUUCCAGAUUUCAAGUCCGCCGUAACAUCUCUUCCACUAGGGGCACGGGCUUUGAAGGACGAGGUCUAACCACGGAUGAUAAGAAGAUCCCAUUGAAGCAGAAUGACAAUCGUCGACGUCGAAUGGAGCGCUCAGAGACGACGCCGAACCUUGCGCUCAUGCAAACACCUCCAUCGACGCUUCAGAGAAACAACUCCACGUCACGAUCCUCCAACCUACGUCCUCAACGCAUGGAGCGAUCUGAGACUACACCCAACCUUACGACGAACCUACAACUACCAAGCUCGAUAUCAACCUUUCAACCGGGACCUCCCAUCACCAAGCCGCAAGUCAGCAGCGGAGGCGUACGAGCAGCUCUCUCGCACAAAACACAAAAGCUCUUCCGUCGCAUGAGUGAACAUCACACCUCCUCUUCCGACCAAUCAUCAAGAUCCAGCCGCGGCAUGACCGUCUCGCCCUCGAAACGACCGAACAUCACUCACAGCGGCCGUGGUAGUGACGACUCUCUAGCUAUGCAAGCAGCCAAUCAAGCAGUCUCGUCCUAUAACCUAGGCGUGACACCUAGUGGCACUGUAGAAGCCAAGAGUCCUAGCCGUGGACUGUUCUCACGUGCUGCAGGCAGUCUGAGACGAUAGGAGCGUUAUCAGCUAUGGAGUUGGCAUUGACCGGACGUCGAUCAAAACUCCUCAAGAUGCCAGGGACAGUUUACAUCUUGCUUCUUCUUACUUUUCUCUUCGCUUCUUCUCUUUUUCCCGCUUUAGCCUAAGCUCUUGGGAUACUCAUUGCUGGGGAGUCUGGGGUUUCUUUUUCUUUUUUGCCGCUUGUUCUAUUCGUAAAAACUUACUACUAUUGCUAUUACGAGAAAUGAAAUACCAACACUUCUAUGAUUGAUAUCUUCCUGAGGCAUGUUGUUUUUCUGUGUAUCAGGAGUACCUAAGAGAGCGUGAACCGAAAGAUCAUGUUGAGAGAGAGAGAGAGAGAGAGAGAGAGAGAGCCUAGCAGGAA